AUGAACCCCGCCACACAAGACACCAUCGAGACAUUUCGCCAGCUGCAGAAGCUUUCCAGAGAACUGCAGCCAGUGAAAGCGGCAUUGGAGACUCUUGUGAAGCGUGAACAGGCAAAUCCAAAUCCUACCGCAGCCGCGGGAUCGCUGGAUAAAAUUGCCCUGCGUGUGCUUAAUGUUUCUCGGAAGUACAGUGUAUUUUUUGAUCGAGCAUCGUUUCUCUUAGAGUGCGAGCUGCCUCGUCUGCAGCGCAUGACGCCUCUUCUAGAGAUUAAGGAAGAGCAUGAAAGUAGUCUUCGGCCCAACGGCCACAAGAAGGACGAUGAUGCCACAAAUGAUGCAUUUCGUUAUGUCUGCUCACCAAAGGUGCCGCAUAUUUUGAACAGGGAAAAUUAUUACAUAAUACGUGGGAUGUUGCGUCUGCGCAUGGAGAUGGUGGACUACCUCAUCGCCACGGAGCGGUAUCAGCUGGCGCGUCACGUCGCGGACGCAUAUGGACUACCUUUGUUUUGGUUUCCAACGCUGAUGUCACUUGCACUCCCCCCACUACCGCCCAUUCAAGGUGGCAGUAUGAGCGGAAACAAGAACAAUAGUAACAAUAGCAAUAAUUCAUUCGAGAAUCAGGGAAGGAAGUCAGAUUCUUUGCCCACAUCUAACUUUCUCACAGCGGACUUUACGGUUUCGCAUCCAGAGGAGCGGGGGCAACCCUCCACCACGGUAGCGCCGGAGCACAUUGCCAUCCAGUGUAUUGAAGCAAGGCAUUCCGUUACAGAAGCAAUUGCAUACUGUGAGGAACGGCUUUUACCCGCCGUGGAACGAAUUGACGACAAGCGACAGAAGAAAAUUUUGGAAAUGUUGUAUGAUCUUUUGGUAGAACUACACGCCACACGACUGCUACAAAUCUUUCGAGAUGGACAAACCGCCGACCAUGUUGUGUUUCAAUAUAUUGCAACUCAUCUUCUGCCACACGCGACACGAAGACCAGCUUUUGUACAGGCUAUUAUCAACGCUGUAACGCCGCAGAAUGUGUCUUAUAACUCUUCAGCAAUAACCGCAGAGACAUCUUUUACGAGUGGAGGUGACGAGCGUUGUUCGGCGUCGCCAAAAGCAAGAAGUGUUCUCACAAAGAAGAACGAAGAGUCAGUGCGUCUUGUGGUUUGCAUGAUGUCAGUGGAAGGCUACCACAAGCUUGCUGUGUCAUUUCAUAAAGUAGCAAUUCUAUUGGGAUCCCAACUUCUCUCUGUAAGUGAAGCUCUUGGAAGGAUUCAUGGUAAACAAAAAGAGAGUGAUGAAAUGACAAAUGGCUGGAAACACACGUUGCCGGAUCUUGUGACUCGCGUUGUGGCCACUUCUAUAUUUUUGAAGGAUGAGUACUUUGACCGCAUGGUAAUGGAGCGACUUGCCUCUGCGUCCCUACUUAACCAACCCAUUCCGGAAAGUCACCUAAACACACAAUCGGGAUCUUUUGCGUUUGAUCAGUCUAUGAUGACUUUGGUGGAGGAGACGCUGAGUAGUACCUCAAUUUUGGGCUCCAAAAAUGAAGAGGUCAGUACAAUGCCACUGACAGCAGCAGAGCUUCUUGAAGCGGAGGAUCGUUGGAGCAAUGAUGUACUCUUCAUUCGACGUUCCACACGUUUUUACUGCUACUUGACAAAGGAGUGUCUUGAUGGUGGGACCGGUGGAAACUACCCGAUUGCACUUCCCAACGGCACGGUCCUGUCUAAACUGGCCGUGAUGCAGUGUUGUAUGAAGAAAACCAGUGAGGGUGAUCGCUCCCAGAACAUCGUGGUGUGUCCACGCACAAAGGAGGAGUUUUCUUCUUCAUCACUGAGGCGUAUAUUUGUGACAUGA